AUGGCGUCUCGUUAUGACCGAGCAAUUACUGUCUUCUCCCCGGACGGACACCUAUUCCAAGUGGAAUAUGCCCAGGAAGCGGUAAAGAAAGGAUCUACCGCGGUUGGAAUUCGAGGUACUGAUAUAGUUGUGCUUGGGGUUGAAAAAAAAUCUGUUGCCAAGCUUCAAGAUGAAAGAACUGUGAGGAAAAUUUGUGCCCUUGAUGACCAUGUCUGCAUGGCUUUUGCAGGACUGACUGCUGAUGCAAGAGUGGUAAUAAACAGAGCUCGCGUGGAGUGCCAGAGUCAUAAGCUUACAGUUGAGGACCCCGUCACUGUGGAGUAUAUAACGCGCUUCAUAGCAACCCUAAAGCAGAAAUAUACUCAGAGCAAUGGACGAAGACCUUUUGGUAUUUCUGCCUUAAUUGUAGGCUUUGAUGAUGAUGGUAUCCCAAGAUUAUAUCAGACUGAUCCCUCUGGUACUUAUCAUGCUUGGAAGGCAAAUGCAAUAGGUCGAAGUGCUAAAACUGUCCGAGAAUUUCUAGAAAAGAAUUACACAGAAGAUGCUAUAGCAGACGACAGUGAAGCUAUCAAAUUGGCAAUAAGAGCUUUGCUGGAAGUUGUCCAGUCUGGUGGAAAAAACAUUGAACUUGCUAUAAUAAGAAGAAACCAACCUUUGAAGAUGUUUAGUGCCAAAGAAAUUGAAUUACAGGUAAAUGAAAUAGAAAAGGAAAAGGAAGAAACAGAGAAGAAAAAAUCAAAGAAGACUGCCUAA